UGACAGUCCCUUCUUGUGUGCUUCGACAAUCACUAUUCUUGGGACUCAACAUACAACAGGACACUAUCUUGUGGUCUCCAGAGACGAGUACAACCUGCGCUAUGGGAAACCGGUACACAUCUUUGUGGAAAUUGGCCCUGAGACGUUUCUGAAGAUCAGGAGUAGAGCUCACAAAACGAAAAACUUCGUGUCAGUAACAUGUCUUGAGGAGCUAAUCAGAGUUGCUGUGGGUCAUGGAAUUUGUCAGGAGGGCAACAUACAGCUGUAUUUAAUGGAUGAGUUAUCACUUCGCUCUAUGGUUGCUGGUGCUGAGAAAUGCCUCGAUGACAUUUUCAUUGUUAAAAAUGGACUAUGGAAACAAGAUCAGUCAACAUGUGUGAGUGCACCUUCACCAAUCCCACAAAUGCCUCUGCUCUCACGAAUUUAUUACCCUUGGGAGAGCCUCAGCAAGACAGUACUUGAUGCAUUGGAAGCAGACAAUGUUCUGCUUCCCUCUCAACGACAGGAAGUGGCACACAUGGCAGUGUCAUGGCCCAGCACAUCCAUUGAAGGCACCUGGUUGGUAUCAUUGAGAACGAAGGGAGCCAGCAGGCAUAAAAAAAUCAAGAGGGCUACAUACAUAAAUGCGUGAGGCAAUGAGGGCCGCAGAUGAAUAUAGCAAGAAGUGGGAACAUCUCAUGUGAUACAAAUCGGUCAAAUGUU